CCUCCAGUUGCUCUCUGGACAAUGCACCUUGCCUGCCUUUCUUCCUUUCCCCCCUUUCUCUUGGUUAUGUUGACAUUUGGUAGAUGUUGAUGUUUUCUUUGCAUGGCUUUUGCACACUAGGUCCUUCUUAGGUAUGUUGCUUUGUUGAAUUGCCUGCUCCAGGUAGGAUGGACUGAUUACCUUGUAGUUGGGUUCUUUUAGUUAUUAAACCAACCAAUAUCAUGACUCCUCAAGGGGGACCAAAAUAAUUUGUACCCUGAAGCCAGUGAAAGAUCAGGUACACAUUGCGGUGUAACCCUAAUUAUUUGUGUGGGUAGAAUCGUUAAAGAGGAUGCUCACCAGCCACUUAAAGGUGUCUUAUGCAAUUUAUGAAGCAUCUCACUCCUCUGGAGUGUAGUUUCAAGUGGUAGCAACCCACCACCAAUAGCCUGAUUCUCUUGAAAGGAACAGUAGCAAAGGCAUUGCUCUGCGCCUUAUUUAAAUAGUGUUUGAUUUUCUUCUAAAAGUAAAUUAUCAUGAAGAUUAUAUUCAAAAUAUUAAAAUGAUAUAUUUGAUAUGAAUGGGAGACAGAGUUGAGAACUUGCAGUUGUACAUUUGCUUAUUCUAUUUUACACUGUAUUUGUGUUUCAUGUUGCAGUAUUUGUGUUUUGUAAUCACAUUUAUCUCAAUUUGUUAGGUAAGGGCACUAAUAAUUGUAUUGUCUAGGGCUCUAAAUUAUCAUUCUCUAUGAUGAAAAGGCUUAUAUGUCAUCUGCUGAAGGUGUAUAACCUAACUGACUAAGUGAUUCUGUAGUUGCUUCCUCCCUGUAUUGCAGUGUGAGCUACUUCAGGUGAUUGAUAUCAAGUUAUAGUUAUUGUGUCCUUCAAACAAGAGCUGUUACACUUUUUCUCUGCAGUUAUCAUCAGUGUAGAGUCUGCCUCUCCCCCUCCCCGACAAAAUCUUCUCUCUUAUCAAAAUGAAUCAUUUAACGCCGAGGAAGCUGGAGGCUUGAUUAACAUAUUCCUAUAAUAGGACUGAGGUUGUCAUCCUGGUUUCUUUAGUAACAUAUGCAAGAAAACUGGGACCAUUUUUCCCUCCCUCCCUCGCUCAACGAGGGUGGUGGUGGUUUAUUUCUCCCCCUAGGAGAGGGGGAAGAGAGAGAGUUGUGUUUGCACAGAUACAGGUGUAUGUGUUCUAAUUUGGGAGAAGACAUUUGGCCAAGAGCUUACUUUUCUAACAGUCUUUCUGUGACUCAAUAUCUCUGCUAUAUGAAUGAAGACCUCAGCAUUGACAUAAAACAUAGCAUUGAGGAAUACUGGAAGGAUAAAUUGAAGAACCCUGUAUUUGAUGAAAAUAGUGAUAAACCAAAAUGUUAUGUACUUUCUAUGAUACCAUAUCCUUCUGGAAAAUUACAUAUGGGCCAUGUGCGUGUCUAUGCAAUAAGUGAUGCAAUGGCACGGUUUCACAUGAUGAAUGGAAAAAAUGUAAUGCAUCCAAUGGGGUGGGAUGCCUUUGGACUUCCUGCAGAAAAUGCUGCCAUAGAGCAUAAAGUGGAGCCUCACCAAUGGACUGAGAGUAACAUUUCUCACAUGAAAACCCAAUUGCAGAAACUUGGUUGCAGUUUUGACUGGAAAAGAGAGCUGGCAACUUGUGACCCUAAAUAUUACCAAUGGACACAAUACAUUUUUCUAAAAUUGUAUGAAGCUGGCCUAGUCUAUCAAAAGGAGUCCAUGGUGAACUGGGAUCCAGUGGAUGAAACAGUUUUGGCUGAUGAACAAGUUGAUGUUAAUGGCUGUUCGUGGAGAUCUGGAGCAAAAGUGGAGAAAAAACUUCUUAAACAAUGGUUCAUUAAAACAACACAGUUUUCAAAAUCCCUACUUGAUGGUCUUGAUGACCCUUGUCUGAAGAACUGGCGUGAUGUUAUUGACUUACAGAGACACUGGAUUGGUGAAUGUAAUGGAACCACAUUACAGUUUGAAUUAGUUGAUGUGCCUGAUGCCAACACCGAUAAUAAUUCCAAACGAACUCUAACUGUGUGGACUGAAACCCCGGAGUUCAUUUUUGGUGCAUCAUUUAUUGCUGUUUCCCCAAACAGUGUUCUGGACCAACUAUAUGGAAGAUGUGAGCAGAAUAUUUGUUCAAAAGGCUUUGUGAAACUUCCAAUAUUUGCCAAAAAUCCAUUUACUGCUCAGUUGCUUCCAGUAUUUGUGACUGACCAGGUGGAGUUCAGCGAAGGCACGGACACUCACCUGGGCAUACCAGGAAUUUCUGACUCUGAUAAAGACUUUGCCCUUUCUGCCAAUAUUCCAAUAUUUAGCAUUCCUGAGGAAGAAUGUAGUACUCCCGAGUUUUCAAGUAGUAACAGUUCUGUACGAGAACAGAUCUGCCACAUUGCCAGGCAACGAGGCAUUGGUGGAUACCCGACAAGUUCAAAACUUCACGAUUGGCUGAUAUCUAGACAGCGAUACUGGGGCACGCCUAUACCAAUGGUACAUUGUUCUAACUGCAAAGGGCCCCAGCCAGUUCCAGUUGCCGAACUGCCUGUUGUAUUACCACAACUGCGAGGGAAAGAGAGAUUGUCAAUGAAGGAAGCAACUGCUUGGCUACACACGAAAUGUCCCAGGUGCAAAGGCAAUGCAGUUAGAGAAACAGACACAAUGGAUACAUUUGUAGACUCAGCAUGGUAUUUUCUCAGAUUUCUCGAUCCAUAUAAUAAAGAUGUACCAUUCAACCCUGAAAAAGUAGACGGCAUGAUGCCUGUUGACAUAUAUGUUGGAGGCAAAGAACAUGCUACACUACACUUGUAUUAUGCUCGAUUUAUGAAUCAUUUCUUGCAUUCUAUAAAACUUGUACCACACAAGGAGCCAUUUGCAAGACUCAUUGUGCAAGGUAUGGUGAUGGGGCGAAGUUACAGAGUGAAAGCAACAGGAAAAUACAUUCCAGAAUCAGAAGUGGACUUAUCCGGGAAGAAGCCUAAAGAGAAGAAAACUGGAGAACCUGUCAUUGUUGCAUGGGAGAAAAUGAGCAAGUCAAAACAUAAUGGAGUUGAUCCAGAAGCUGUAUUCAAAGAGUAUGGAGUUGAUACAGCUCGCCUUUUGAUAUUAGGAAGUGUUGCACCUACUUCCCAUAGAAACUGGUCUCCUGAAACCUUUCCUGGCAUACUGAAAUGGCAGCAUCGCCUCUGGCUUACAAUAAGAACAUUUAUAGAGGUUCGUUCCUCUCUCAGCAUGGAACAAAAGCCUACAGAUCCUGCAAAACUCGAAGAGCAUGAAGCAAGGCUGUUAGAUGCCCGAAACUAUUACCUGAAGAGUAUAACAUUCAACUAUAAUGAAACUUAUCAGCUGAGUGUGGCUAUUUCCAAAAUGCAAGGUCUCACAAAUAGUUUACGACAAACACCAAAGGAAAUCAUUGCAACCAGCCAGCAGUUUGAGAGGGCUCUUGCCACUCUUAUUGUAGUACUUGCUCCAAUGGCACCACAUUUUGCAUCUGAAUUGUGGGCUGGAUUUUUAGCAGCACCUCACAGGAUUGACACCGCCUCGAGUGAAAUUCUCUGGGAUGCCCCAGUUCACCAGCAGAAGUGGCCUGAUGUUGAUCAACAGUAUAUUUUGGACCUUCUUUGCAAGGUAAAUGGUGCCGAUAAUGCUACAGUCCGUAUGCCUCGCUAUGAGAUGGACAACAUAACGCAUGAUGAGGCUUUGGAGUUAGCAUUAACACAGACAAAAGUGCAAGAAAUGUUAUCAGGAUUCAAGAUUAUAAACACACAGUUCACACUUUAUCCAGGCUACAAAGCUAUUAUCAACAUUAUAACUGAACGAUCUGUGAACAGCAUGAAACAACAUCAAGAAGUGUGAAAACACUACUAUCAUUUCAUUAGCCUGUCUUUGUGAAACUGAUACAUGAUAUUUCUGUGGUGCUCUGUUGGCACAUUAUGCUUAUACAUAAAUGAUGCAGAAACAAGUCUCAAAUACAGAUUUUCUAUAUGCUUUUACAAAUUUGAAUAAUUUAGUAGCUUUUAUCAUGCAAAAUAUUGACGAGAAAUAAUUAAAGUAACAACUUUAUUUUUGAAAUGGUUGCCUGUGAAGGUUUCUUUCUGAUAGAAAAAUGCCUUAGCUUAUAAUAAGUAAUUUAACUAUGGGAUUAAGCAAUAAGUUGCAUUAGUGAAAGAAGUAUCUGUCAUAGAAGUGCUGAGUGUUUGAAAGUUUUUAAGCCUGAUUAAUAGUUCCAGAUGUCCAGAUGGAUUCAAGAUUACAUUCUGCUGUACAAAUAUGAACAAAUGACUAAUCUUUUUCAUCAGGUACUGCAAGUCAUUACUUUAGAUGUUGCCGCUGCCUGAACUCGUAUUAUUCAGUCCAUUUGCAGUCUAGACAACACACCUGUUUAAGAGAAUUUUUUGCAUCAAUUGACAGAAAGAUAAAUUGUUGAAAGUACUGCAUAAGAAUGGAUCUGUCAAACCACCUAGAUGGUCGAGAAAUCUCUCUUUCACUUAUGGUAAGGAAAUACAAUUUUUUUGAGAUCACUAAAAGUCAUUCACACUGCUCAAAUGAAGUCUUGGGGCUGUAGCUGUGAUAUACACCAUAACAUUUCUCAAAUAUGGUUCUUAUUUGCUAUUGUGCCACCUUUAUUGGUCACAAAUAUCGUGUUUAUAUUUGACAUUAUUUGAGGAUACAGUUUCUGUGUCAAAAUUAUAUUUCACAUAAGAAAAUUAUAAAAUUCCAAAGAAAGAGAAUGGCCGACCAGUACUUACCUUCGGGAAAUGUAAUUCCAGUUACUGCUUAUAGACUAUUGUAACUGUUAGUUCCUUUGUCAGAGAGGAAAGGGACACAGACUGGGGAUGGCUGUAAAGGAAGGCAAGUCAUUCAAAUCCUCAGGUUCAAGAGACCUACAUGUUGCUAGGACAAGGUGAAGACAGGUGUGUCAGAGAACUCAGUUGGUACAUUGGUAUGCAUUAUGCCAUCUUCAGACCAGAGAUGAUAGUAGGACAUAGUAAGAAGCAAAUAUUUAUUAAGAUGAAGAGAAAUGAGAAUUGGAAUGAAUAGUACAAUUAAAAACUAGGAGGAAAGGAAAACCAAAAACAAAGAGAGAAAGAAGGAAAGAUAUAAUGAAAUUCUACCAGGACUUCUACUUUCUCAAGUCAAGUUCUGAAAUAAGAUCAUCUCUCCCUUAUAGCCUUCCCACACCAUCAUCCUACCCUCUGUAACAUUCUUAUAAAACCAUAUGACGUAACCAGUCCACUAUCCCUUCACAAAGGUUCCAUCCCUUGCAGUAGUUUUACAACCAAAACAUGUCCCAUGGACUUGUACCACUUCCACCACCUGCACCGUUGGUAAACCCAACAUCAUCAAAGGCAGAACAACAUGUGAAGCCACAUGUAUUAUUUUUAAGUAACGUGUUCACUGUGUGGUGUGGUGAUUUUGCCACAAGAGCUUGCAGGUUACUUUGCUGAACUCCUAGAAGUAGCCUGAAACUUGAUACUUGUAACUUACAUUCCCUUGUCCACAUUUCAGCUCGCCUAGACUGAAAAAUGAAGUCAUGAUGUCUACUUUGAAAAGCAGUAAAGCAAUGACUGAUAAUUUAAAAGGUCACUGGUUUCAAAAGUAUCAUAUAUUUUAAAAUAAACUGCUUCACAUGCACUGAAAUAUUUUGUAAAACAAAUCAAUUUUUACUACCCUAAUCAGCACUUGGCAUGGUUCAGAGCCUAAAUCUCAUCAACAUUCUAUUUCAUAUUACUCCCUGUUCUGAAACAAAUAAUUCAAAGUACUAUGUAUCACUCCCCUAACAGUGUUAAAUUUUUACUCUGCUUGCCACUUGGAUUUUUAAUGUGACAGACAAUAUACAAACCACGUUAGAUUGAAAUGAAAGAGGCUUUACAAAUAUUGCAAUUCAUGUGAAAGUUCGCUCCUCCCAGUUGUAUAAUGAGCAAUCCUAUAGGUUUUUGGCAUCACUCAAAGUGUUUGUAUACAGCUAUCUGAUGUCUCUUGUUCCCAGUUACAGAUUAUAUCACAAUGCAUUUUGUCACAGAGUACAGCACAAACAAUGUGGCGAAAGAUUUGAACAAAUGAAUCAUAAUAAAGCUUUGAGAUUCCUUAAAUACCAUUGGUAUUACUUGGACCUGACCGCUAAAGGGAAUACUUGCCUGUAAAAUGUUAGUGCAUCUAAUUUGGUGCUCAAAGAGCAUAUUAUAGUAUUAAUAACUUCUUCUAUUGUGACUAUAUCCCCUAUGUAAUUUAAUUCUUUUGUAAAUAUAUGUUAGGUCAUCAUCUCAUGUCUAAUCAAUUAUGACUGUUAUGACUUUUCCCAUGUAAUCUCGAGUGGGUGCUAGCCU